AUGUACGCGCUGAAAGACUGCUGCUGCGAGAUCCCCACUCUGCCGGCAAACUUGGUGGCCACGAAGUUUGACGCCUUCUUCGUGGCAGGCGGCCAGUGCCCGUACCUGAUGCUCAAGGACCCGUCUAUCCGCGGCCUCGUGGACGGCUGCGCUGUGGGCGCCGCGGUGUGCCACGGCCCGGAGGCCCUGAUCGGCACCAAGUGGCUGCACCCGGCGGACGGCCAGGUGGGCAGCUUCGUGUCGUACUACGGCGCCUGGAUGAGCUUCCGGGAUCUGAGCGCCGUCUACGAGCGCAAGAAGCCCGGGGAGACCUGCGAGUCCGUGACGCCCAGCGGCCGGCUCUUCACGGGGAACGCGCCCAACGCCACGAAGGCCAUGAUGGAGCAAGCCUGCCAAGCCAUCCUCGCCAGCCGCUGA